AUGGAUUAUUUUUUAUUCCUGAUAAGACUUUUUUACAUUCUAAUUAUUUCGAUCGGAUUUUCCGGUUUGAUCUUUGAAUCGAUACAUGUUACAAUAUUUCCUUACGGAAAAUUAAAUGCUUCUAACAAAUUUAACGCUAGAAAUCCCUUGGAAAAGUUUAUAAGGAAUUUAAGCGUUCCGAAAUAUUGGUUCUAUCAAUUUUAUAUAGUUGGAACGAUUUGGGUUACAUUAAUUAUUAUAGACGUCGUUGUUUUUCGUAGCGGAUAUCUCUCUUGGUUCGUUGGAUUGAUUGAAGGAGCUCGUGACAGCAAGGACACAAUUUAUUCUGAUUCAUAUACUAAGCAACCUGCAGAACAAUGUAUCGUUGGUCUAUUCAUGCUAUUAUUCCAAACGGUGCGACGAGCGUACGAAUGUCUUUUCAUAGAUAGACCUUCUCUUAAAGCGAGAAUGCAUAUUGGGCAUUACGUCCUUGGUUUGGCAUUUUACAUUGUAACGAGUCUUGCCAUUUUCGUUGAAGGUUUUGGGAACCUCGAUGUGUAUGGAGGAGACAAACUUUCUCCCAGUUUUCCACCAAUCUCAAACUUCCUCACCUGGAACUUUUUUAUUGCGAUAUCACUAUUCCUCUAUGCAUCAUAUCAUCAACAUGUGGUUCACAAAAUUCUUGCUUCCCUUCGUCCAAAAUAUUAUAACGUCUCUUCUCAAUCUAGGCCGAUUUAUGUCAUUCCUAAGGGGGACUGGUUCGAUUACAUAUCUUCGGCCCAUUAUUUUGCGGAGAUCUUAAUUUACAUUAGUUUUGUGGUGCUCAACAAAGGCCAAAUAUUCACAAGCUACCUCGUGGUUGCUUGGGUUGCAUUCUGUCUAGGGAUCGUGGCUAGAGAUUCCGAUUCAUGGGGUAAAGAGAGAUUCGGUGAGAAGUGGCCUUCGAAUAGAUGGAAAAUUUUUCCCGGCGUUUAUUAA